GCACUGCACUCUUUCAUUGAGUACGAACGAGACACGGUGAAUGGUGGUGUACGCGCGAUUGUCGCGAAAGCAAAGGAAAAAUCGGUCCGUGAAAAAGGCGUUCGCGCGUUUCCGUCUCGAUUGUGUGCGCGUUGCGUGUCGCGUGGGCCUCGACCGGAACCGGAAGUGAUCGUUUCGGGUGGGCUUCGGUCGGUUUUGGACGCGUAACUCGCGCGAAAAGUUCAAUUUUCCUGCGUUCGUCCAUCGCAGUAGGUUCUGCGGCGGGGGCCUCCAUUGAAGGCACGGCGGCGGCGACGACGAGGACGGAACACACCUCGGCUGGUGGAGAGAGCGGGACAGAGCGAGCGAGAGGCGAGAGCGAGCGCUCUCUUUCCUUUUCGUGUUGACGUGCGCGCGCGCUCCCGCGUGUUUUGUGUGUGUGCGUGACGUCGCGAAAUUUUCGCCGCUGGUGCAGGCGUGUGCGUGUGAAUAACAAGCUCGCGAGCGGCCUGCCAGGAUCGUGCAACGAUCGUGUCGCGUUUCAUUCAGCAAAAGUGCAGCGCAGCACGGCAACAGUGUGGCAAAGUGACGUAAGCGCCAGAGGAGAGGAAGAACGAGAGAAAGAGACGGAGCCGUUGCGUGUCCGCCACUCAUCGGGCCAGCAGCAGUGUUGGUGGCGUUGAGACGAAGUGAAGUUGUGUGCGUGUGUUGUGAAUAGAAGUUGCAAAAGAGGUUUGUCAUCGAAGUUUUUCUCCGUUCCUGUUGGAUAUCGCGCGACGACGACGACGACGUGGAAAAGAGUAAGAAGUUUGGCGUGUGAAUCGGAAGAAGGAAGAAGAAUAAUUUCGUCACGAGCAAGAAGAGAGCCUGUAAUAAUAAAUUUUGUGUGGUUUUCGCUCAACGUGUUGGUCCUUAAAAGUGUGUGUUGAUUUGUGAUUGAAGAAAAACCUCUGAUUAAAGGAAGAAGAUUGAUUAGUUUUGGCGUGUGAUCAGGAGAGCAGGAAAAGUGGGAAGAAGCAGCAAUUUUUGGUGGGGCAACAAGGAGGAAUAAUCAAAAGAAAAAGGAUUUUUUCAUCUUUAUCGUUCGUGGUGUUGGUGGCUGCUGCCUGAUGACGUGCAACGAGAUUUUGCAAGCUCCGUAGCAGUGGUGGCGCCGCCACUCCUCGGGGUCACUAAACAGCAGUUGUCAACCACAAACGACGUCGCUAGCGUUGCGCUAGUGCAACCCCGCCUUCCCACUCCUCCCCGUUUUUGUGUAAUAUCCACUAAUAUUGGCCACCACCGCCGGGACGACGACGAAGCUGCGAAGCUGGUGGAACCUGGCCGCCACCACGAUGUCGGUGCAGCAGUACUGUCUGCGUUGGAACAACCACCAGCCGAACUUUAUCUCGGUCUUCUCGACGCUGCUGCACAAUGAGAGCCUGGUGGACGUGACGCUGGCCGCCGAGGGCCGACAGCUGCAGGCCCACAAGGUGGUGCUGUCGGCGUGCAGUUCCUACUUUCAGUCCCUGUUCACCGCAAACCCCUGCCAGCAUCCGAUCGUGAUACUCAAGGAUGUGCAGUACAACGACCUCAAAACGAUGGUGGACUUUAUGUACUACGGCGAGGUCAACGUGUCCACCGAGCAGCUGCCGCAGGUGCUCAAAACGGCCGAGAUGCUCAAAAUCAAAGGCCUGGCGGAGAUGCCGGACGCGUCGGCCGUGUGUAAGGCCGACCCCGGCAAGCUCGAGCAUCCGGACCUGGUGGGCGCCGGGCUAGGUCCGGGAGGGACAGGCGGCCCAGAAUCAAUCUGGGGCAGCGCAGAAUCUCAACAGCAGCAACAACAGCAGCAGCAGCAAGCCCAACAACAAGCUGCCCAGCAACAACAGCAGCAACAGCAACAACAGCAGCAGCAGCAGCAAUACCAUCAACAGCUACAGGCCCAACAGCCUCAGCUCCGAAGAACGCCCUCCCCCACUACCAACAUGUCCCCUGCGGCGCGGAGGAAGCGGCUGCGAAAAACCUCCACCGGUUCCGGAUCGCUCUCUACCGAACGCCUCCAGCAACAGCAACAACAGCAGCAGCAGCAACAACAACAGCACCACCACCAGCAACAGGAUGACCACGGCAGCAAUACGGACGGAACGAUAAACAUCGUGCCGCACCUGCACAUCCAGCAACAGGUCGACAACAUAUCGUACAGUACCGGGCACAGUGCGCUGGCGUCGCUGGCCGGGGCCGCCGGCGGACCCGGCAACAACAUCCGGAUAAUCAAGGAGAGCCCCGGCUCGGACGUGGACCAGCAGCAGCACGAGUCGUCGCAGGAGAGCGUCGACGAGUCCGGCCACCACAUGUCGAGCAUCAUCAAAACGGAAGAUCUUAGCGGGGUGACGCAAACGAUACCGAUGGACAUCAGUGCGAGCUCGACCAGCGUGGCGGCCGUCAACAUCCCACAAUCGCAAUCUCAGCACAGUGGUGGGCAAUGGACGGUAAUCGAUACGAACUAUUCGCGAUUCGGAAUCGCGUCGUGUCAGACAAACUUGGGCCUCCAGCAGCAGCAGCAGCAGCAGCAACAACAGCAACAACAACAGCAGCAGCAGCAACAGGCUCAACAACACGCCCAGCAACAGCACCACCAGCAGCAGCAAGCUGCGGCCCAGGCGGCUGCGGCGGCGGCCGUAACGAGUCAACAGGUGGCUCAGGUUCACCAGCAGGCGGCCGCGGCAGCUGCAGCAGCAGCGGCGGCAGCAGCCGUUCAGCAACAGCAGCAGCAACACCAUCAGGGCGAUAGCCAAUCGCUGAACAACAACGGCGGCAACAACAGCAACAGCAGCAAUCCCCUGUCGAACGCCUCCACGAACAACUCGAACGCGCCAACGCCGCAGCCCACGACGCCAGUACAAAUCUACCAGCAUCCGUUCUCGCCGCAGAUCAUCUCCGUCAACCCGAACAACAUGGUCAACAGCUACAGCUCGUCCAACAUCUCGACGCCGACGUCGCCCCAGGGCGGCAACGAUUCGGCGGCGGCCGCAGCUGCAGCUGCCGCGAUGGUCCACAGUGUGUACAGCCAGCAGGGCCAGGCCACCAACAACCAAUCCCCAAUCGGAACGGCGGGCAACGCCGCGACCGGCACCACAAGCGCCAGCGGGACCACAGCGAUCCAACCGGUCAAGCGGAAACGGUCCGUCAACCCGCAAGGCGACGAAAACUUCCUGCGAGCCCUCGAAGCGGUACGAUUCGGUGGCAUUGGCUUCUGCAAGGCCGCCCGCCUCUACGGCGUCAACAACCGAACGCUUUGGCUCGAGUACAAAAAGCGUGGCUACCCCAUCAGCAGGCCCAGCAUCAAGAGCCGGAUAAAGCUCGAGCCAAACAUCUCCCCGCCACCCUCAACCACCCCCACCGGGGACGAAAACGCCUCCCUCGAACACUACGACACGUCCCUUUCCUCCCCAGCCCUCAACAUGUCCCUGCACCAGCAGCAGCAGGCCCAGCAACAGCAGCAAGCCGCCCAGCAGCAACAAGCCGCCCAACAACAGGCCGCCCAACAACAAGCCCAGCAGCAAGCCCAACAACAGCAGCAGCAGCAACAGCAACAAUCCCAGCAGCACCAAACCUCGAACGAAAACGCCAGCGCAGCGGCGGCGGCAGCCGCAGCCGCCGCAGCAGUGGCCGCCUCGUCCGCCGCAGCGCCCCUCAUGUGUCCACCCCAUGCGCAUCCGAUGGGCGUGAUGGGCUUCCUCGAUACGCGCCACGUCGACUUUACGACGGCGACCGCGGCCGGCAUCCACCAGAUGUCGCGCCAGCGGUACCCGGACACGACCACGGUGAACAUGAACACCGGCGCGGUCAACCUGCAGGGACUGAACUUUAACUCGAUGAUCAAAAUUGAGGGGACAAAAAAGGGCGAAAACGGUUUAAAAAUUAAGAGAAAAGAAAAAAAAAAACAAAACUCACAACCACACCUCGGCAAUCACAAACACGCCAGGACAAGGGGUCAUCAAAUCACGGUAGCAAAUCAUUGUAGCAAGUAUGCCAUAUUUAUUGUCAUAUGUAAAUGUCGCAGACUGUGAAAGAGGGUUCUGUUGUAGCUGGAUUAACGCAGAGAAAGGUACAUUUAAAAGCAGGAAAGGGAAGUUGUAAAAAGUGUUACAUUCAAUCAGAAUAAAGUAAACAAUAGGGAAAAUUUCCUCUGAGCAAUCCGCAAACCCAGUGAUGCGUUCGCUUCCCCAAAAAUGCCCUCUUCCAAAUACCGACAACAAGAAAUGUUUGAGCUGUCGAAUUGCAAGCAAAUUGAUUUUUUUAAACGGCUAAGGACACCGCUUUCUGCAAAUUAUUAUGUGCAAUAUAACUUGAGAUUACUAUUUAUUUUUGAUUUUCUGAUUUGGUUUUCUAUUCUUCUCAUUAAAAAUCGAGGCCCUUCCCGCACUUGCAGAGUGUCAUUUUUGUGCAUUGUUGUGUUUUCUCUAUUCGAAAAACCCUCAAAUCUGACCCUUGUCUCAUUCACUUACCCUCAAAUCUGACACUUGUCUCAUUUACUCAUCCGAGAAGGUUUGGGUUUGACGUGAGAAGAGAGAGAGAAAAGAAAAAGUGGAAAGAGCGAAAAAUGCGCGAGAACGCAAAUCUGCAGGAAAGAGAGUUUGGUGAAAACUCUGCAACUCCAUUUUUAUUGUUUCUUUUUCUUGUAUCAGAUCCUUCCAUGCACAUGAUUUUUCGCUUUUAAAUAAAAUAAAAUUGAGUAGCAAAUUUGGCACAAUUCUAGAAUAUUCAAUCAAACAUAAUGUCGAAAGGAAAUCCCCCCAGAGAAAAAAAAAAAACAAAAAAGAAUCACUCACAAACCAUCCCAGGACGAACGCAUUCCGUGAACAGCAUGUAAAAAGGCAAAAACCCGUCUGUUUCCAUUAGUAAAACACGAUUUCAGAGUCAGGUGAAAACCGAUCGCGUGUGUUAGCUCACACACUCAUUACUGUUUUGUUUUCGUAUUUUUCUAGACGCAAUUUAAGCAACAAAAUCACACACUCACAAACACACACGCAUGAACUAUAGAUUCCUUACCAGAGAGAGAUUUGUGAGAGAGCAAAGAUGGAACAGCGUUUGGAGAGUACGGAAAACUCGCACUGAUCUUUACUCUCUUUGUAAAAUUAAUAAUAAAUAAAAUAAAAGUGAAAACAACAAAAAAAUCAACACCGUAGUAGUGAAAAUAGACUUUUUUGUUAACUCUUUUUUAGCAAUUUAAAUACAUGUGUAUAUUUAACUAAAUUAAUGAUUAAAAGAAAAUCUUUAAUGUCAAUGAGAUGAGAUAGGAUGAUGUAACUGAGCAACUAAAGUAAUGAAGUAAGUCGGAAUGUGUAAGGAGGAGCAAGUAAAUAAAAGUUAAACUAUCUAGCGCUUAAGGUGGAAAUAUCAAACAGCUCCGUGCAGGAAGUAAGUCUGGAGAACGGAAAGAGAGGAGGAAAAAAUAUACAAUGGAAAUUAUUAAAAUUGAUAAAGCUAGAACACUAAGCAUGUAUAGUAAACUUAUGAACAAUAUCUUCACAGUAAGUUUAAUGCAAAACUAUGCGAAAUGACACUGUAAACUUACUUAAAGGAAAAGGAAAGGAAAAAAGAACAUUUGAGCUAAUCUGGAAAAGUAAACCACAACACACACACAUCCAUGGAAAAAAGCAAGUAUUUACUUAUGUGAAUAAUAAAAUUAAUUUAAAGAAAAUCUAAUAAAAGUAAAUCGUGAAAAAUCUUA